CACAGUGCUCACGCACGAGGUCGUGUUGCACAAGGUGAUCAGUCUGAAGAAUAAGUCUAAGUAGUAAGGAGAGGGAUUGGCUCAUCUGCCUCCCGGGUUCCCACGAUGCGCAAUUUACGCAGCUAUCUGUGUUCCUUGUUGACCAAGAGAAGUUCCCGUCUGGAAGCCUAGCGAGCCCUGGACGUUUGAUUCUCCAAGUUGGCUGCGGAGUUGGAACACGGAGAGCUCUCGAAUGGGCUCGUGGGCUAGGGGAAAUAGUCCCAACUUCUAGGUCCUCGGGCUGCUUCCCGUAGCCCACUACUUAGUUCAUGCUUCGGCUGGCACCGAUCUGCUUCUCUGAGUCGAUGCCAAGAUAUUGAUUAACGAAUCGUCCGCCGGAUCCUGCGCCUGGACGAAACCUCGAAGCUUGAAACCAGGAGUCAAUAAAAGAUUGUUCCCGCCGCCCAAUUCUUCCCGUCCUCUAGGCCUGGGUCUUUUUCGGGUGGUUCUGUGGCUGCUGGACGGUGGGAAGAAGCUAAAUUGUAUAGUUUCCAAGCUUCCUGACAAUAAAUCCAACAACGCCUCUCCCCCAGCCUUUUAGCUAUAGCAUCAGACAAGUUUGCAUUACGUUGCCCAGCACCCGGACUCGAAUUCUCUCUGUCCGACUUGCACUUGUGACGGCCUGCCUUGUCGAUAAGUUGUUGCUGGUUUUACACUUCGACUCCCACGCACUCCACAGGUCUAUCCUCCCGCAGCCCCACGUCCCGACUAUCCUCUCCUUCCCCGCCUCACAAAUCUGCCGGCAGAAAGCGAUCCACGUCGUAGAAUUUUGCCUUGACAGGACACAGAAAACAAUUUGGUUUCGGUCCUUGCACCAACUUAGAUCCGAAUCGAGCUGGAAUAGCUCACCCGAAUGGAGCAUUUCGGCGCAGGAAGGCCAGAUGGCGCAGACUUCGAUCUGUCCCAAAUCACGGGCCAGCCGCCUCAAAUCUUCGGCGCACCCAACACUGACACCUCUCCUAUUCCGCCAACGCAGUCGGCAGCGGCCUUUUCAGAAGACCAAAUGAUGGGUGGUGUGGAGGACAAUAAUGACGCGAAGCGGAGAAGGAUAGCUAGGGCUUGCGAUAUGUGUCGGAAAAAAAAGAUCAAAUGUGAUGGAAAGAUGCCAAAAUGCUCACAUUGCAUAAAUUAUAAGACAGAAUGUGUGUUCACGCAAGUCGAGAAGAAGAGGAACCCACCAAAAGGAGCCAAAUACAUCGAAGGGCUUGAGAACCGCUUAGGGCGCAUGGAGUCGUUGUUGAGGCUUUCUGGAUUACUAUCAGAGGUCGAUGGUGGAAAGACAGAUCUUGGGACGCUUGAACGGCGGCUUGCUGAUAGAUCUAUGGCGGCGGGAAGCCAGGCCUCGAGAAUUCCUGCUGUUCCGACCGCCAUGCACUCAAUGAUGCAAGGCGCAUCCUCGCAUCAGUCUACUCCUCGCGCAGAUCCAAACCUUAGCCCUCGGAGUCCCGCUGGUUCGCCUGAUUCGCAAAAGGAAUCUGAAGCAGAGCUAGAUUCUCUUUCGGAUAUGAUGUGCUCUCUCGUCACAACCAAUUGUGGCGAAACGAGAUAUAUUGGAUCUUCGUCAGGUUUCUCUAUAUUUUCUCCCAAAGGUAUCCAAUGGGUGAACGAGAAAACGGGAGACUCGUCCUUUGAGGAUAUGAUAUCGUCUGCUUAUAUCGACGACAAUAAGUGGAUAUACUGGAAGCCGGAGAUCUUCAGUGACAUAUUUGCUCGACGAGUGUUUAAGCCGUUGCCACCGCGUGAUGAGGCACUGUCUCUCUUCAGAGAUUACUUCGAAAACUUCAACUGUGUUUUCCCACUGUUUCAUGAACCAACAUUUAUGCAUUUGGUAGAGAGACAAUAUUCACGGGAUCCCUACGAAGGGUCGGGUUGGUGGGCUAGUAUCAAUGUUGCACUGGCGAUCGCACACCGAUUACGAGUUAUGAGUAACUUGGUGCCACAGGAAGAGGACAAGAAGGCUUGGCUUUACCUCAAAAAUGCGAUGGGUGUGCUGACAGAGUUGACCAUGCGGAAUGCCGAUCUGUUAAGUGUGCAAGCGCUUCUUGGUAUGGCUCUAUUUCUCCAAGGGACUCCCAACCCGCAACCAAGUUUCUUCCUUGUUGCAGCCGCUAUUCGCCUUUCCCACAGUAUUGGUCUCCAUAAGCGCGGUUCCGGGUUCGGUCUAAAUCCCGUAGAACUCGAGCAACGGAAACGCGUCUUCUGGAUUGCUUAUAUGCUGGACAAAGAUAUCUGUCUACGUUCCGGGCGCCCACCAGUUCAAGAUGAUGAUGACAUGAACGUUGAGCUCCCGAGUGAAGACCCCCCGGACAACAUCGGAAAUGUUCCCCUUUCCGACGGUAAAAGCAAGGUGAACUUAUUUCGCCUUCUCUGCCUUUUUGCAACAAUUGAAAGCAAAGUUUACAAGCAACUCUACUCAACAAAGGCUUCGCGUCAGUCUGAUGGGGAGCUUCUCAACACAAUUGGAGAGCUUGAUAGAGAGCUUGAAGAGUGGAAAGAUAGUAUCCCUCUCGAUUUUCGCCCCGAAUACGAAAUCAAGGCUACGCAUCGGCCUCUAAUUCUACCCAUCGUGGUGCUUCAUUUCGCUUACUAUAAUUGCCUUACCACUAUACAUCGCAUGUCAGUCCACCAUGGAUACUGGACAAGUCGGCUGUCAAACUACGCCAUCCAAGGUCUUAAUGCCAGACCUUUGAAUCCCCGGGUAUUUUCUUCCGCAGUCCUGUGUGUAUCUGCCGCCAGGGCGUCGAUCAACCUGAUCAAGUACAUCCCACAGGGGGAUUUUGCUUGUGUUUGGUUGAUCCUCUACUUCCCAAUUUCAGCUUUGGUUACGCUGUUCGCAAAUAUUCUACAGAACCCAUUAGACGCCCGAGCCCGGUCUGACGUGAAGUUAAUGAAUCUUGUUGUGAACUUCUUAUCCAAACUUGCGACGGAUGAGUCGAAUGGCAGUGUCAAGCGCAUGCUUAGUGUCUGCUCUGAAUUCGAGAGGAUCGCCAAAGUUGUAUUGGACCGGUCCGAAAAGGAGUCACAGGCAAAACGAAAGCGCAAGGCUGCUGGUGAGGAGAAUGGCUCCGCCGAGACACCAAAUGGUCCUCAUGUGGAUAUUCCCCAAGCCGCACCGACGCCAUCGGCCACACAGCCACAGACGACACAAGCAUCGCCUUCCUUUUCAUAUAUGCCGAGCAAUGCUACUCGCCAGGAAGCAGCGCCUUCUAUGGCCAAUUUUCCAUCAUCUCGUCCAGAGCAGCAACCCGUCUUCCACACCCCCGCGGCCGAGAAUGUCCCAGGCGCACUUCCAAAAGGCCCGCUAGGGCUUAAUCAAGAGUUGUCCGACCUGUUGGGAGGCCCAACCCUAAAUCAAGCAGCAGGACUCAACCAAGAGCAACAAUUUUCUACUAAUUCGCUGCCCAUUGAUAUUUCAGCUUUCCAGCAACCGUUUGUGCCUCAUGAGCUGUGGCAAAUGCCGAUGACGCUGGAGUGGGACUGGGCAGAAAUGCCGAAUAACGGAUUUCAAUUCGGAGAUGAAGGGACAAAUUGA